GGAAAGUUCAGGUUCAAACCCUGGCUGAAGUGAUAUUUUUCGUAAUAAAUGUUCUGUAUUAAAACAUUGGCCGGUUGAUGUCGACCGAAAAGCAUGAUUAUUGAAAUUAAACGUCGAUUAUUCCAUUCAGGGUUGCUUAUUUUAUUUCCCUGUCACCUUCCGACUUGAACGAAAAAAUAUAGCACGAGCAAUACCAAGUAUUUCAAUCACUUUUUUCAAACUCGACCUGUGUCUUUCACUGCGCCAAAAGCCCCGCCAUCUACCGUCACUGAAUGUAAGUAAUGUAACACGAAUUAGUUGUGUAUCCAACACGUGCUGAACUGUGCUGAACGUACACGUGGUGUGCACGUAUUCUAGCGUGUUUGCUGAGAAGCACAGCUCUACAUCGUCCCAGUACACGGGUCUUUUUGAGAGGUUAUGUCCUUUCGUGGACGCGGCGGCCGAGGAGGCGGCGGUGGUUUCAGAGGCGGUCGAGGCGGCGGGGGGUUUAACAGGGGACGCUCUGGCGGCUUCGACAAGGGCAGAGGGUACGACCAAGGACCUCCGGAGACCGUAAUGCCCUUGGGUCACUUCACGUGGACGGUCGAGAACGACUUGGUCCUUAAGGUCGACAUAGAACAAGUGCCCUUUUUCAACGCGCCGAUCUAUACAGAGAACAAGCAGCAGAUCGGGAAGAUAGACGAGAUAUUUGGGAAUAUUCGUGACUAUUACGUGUCCGUUAAACUGUCUGAGAACGUGAAGGCCGGCAGCUUUGAGAAGGACGCUCAGUUGUAUAUCGACCCAGGAAAGCUACUGCCUCUCCAAAGGUUCCUGCCGAGACCUCCUGGAGAACAGAAAAGAGGUGGCGGCGCCGGCAGAGUCAUGAAAAGAAGCGCCGGAGGCAGAGGAGGCUUCGGUAGGGGCGGAAACAGGGGAUCCUUCGGGAGGGGAGGAGGCGGUGGCUUUGGUAACAGAGGUGGCAACAGCGGAGGAUUUAGGGGUCGCGGAGGAGGCGGUGGAUUCAACCGUUUCAAUUCAGGUGGCGGUCGAGGAGGUGGAGGGGGAGGGGGAGGAGGAGGCAGAGGAAGAUGGUAGAUUUUAAAAUUGUGUUAAUGUAAAGGAAUAUCUUGCUUAUACCAUAAUGACGAAUAUUAUAUAAAUUAUAAAAAGGAUUAAAUAUUUUAUACAAUU